UGCCUCUAUUCUAUGUAGAUGACAGAGUCCACCUAGAGUGAAGUAGUGUGCGUGUGUUGGUGAUCACGAGGGUUGCAUCAUUGAGAGCAUCGAGUCUGGGAGUCAGUCUGUAUUUAGAUAGCAUCGGACACGGUUCAUAGAACCUACAGUGUGAACAAGUAUAAUUCAGAGUGCUACAAAAUGGCGACGAGGUUUUCGAACCAAAAGUGUGUCUGAAAAAAGCAAUCCUAAAAAAAAUUAAAUAAAUUAUUCUACCUCUUUUUGAAGAAGGUUACCGAAAGUGUCAAAAAUGUCCAUCAAUAGCCUCAGCGGCAUUCCUGAAGAUGGCAACCAAAAUUCACAGGUUGUGCAUCAAAAUGUGUCAUUCUUUAGCCCAGCAUCAUAUAAUCUACCCCAUUUUAAAUAUAAACAUCUCCCACCGUCGGAGAUUAGAAAUUCAUGGGUGUCAUGGAUUCGGUGGUUCGAGAGCAUUAUGGAUGCGGCUAAUAUAAUUGAUGGACAUAACAGGAAGGUGCAACUAAUGGCUAUGGGUGGCUUAGAGCUACAAAGUGCUUUUUAUGGAUUACCAGGGGUAGAUCAGAACACAGAUCCAAACAUUGAUCCUUACUCGUUAGCGAAAGAUAUGCUCACGAACCAUUUCUCUCCAAAGCAUCACGACAGCUUUGAGCGUUUUAUGUUCUGGAAUAUGAAGCCUGAAGAUGAUGAACCCAUAGAGAAAUUUGCUCUGAAGGUUCAACAGAAGGCCGAGAAAUGCUCAUUUGGCAAAUCAGAAGUGGAGAGUCGCCACAUUGCCAUUGUUGACAAAAUCGUUCAAUAUGCGUCCGAUGAGUUGAGACAAAAGUUGCUUGAAAAGGAAACAUUGACCUUAGACGAUACGAUGAAAAUAGUAAAUGCAUAUCAGUCAGUUCGUUACCAAGCGUCUCGAAUGACCACCAAAACCCCGAAUAACCAUGUGUACAAGCUCUAUGACGCGGCAAAGAGUGAUGCAAGAACAAAUGCGAGGUGUUUGCGUUGUGGAUACAAAAUCCACAUUCGGAAGGACCAAUGUCCAGCAUUGACAAAGACCUGCUUGAAGUGCCAUAAGGUUGGUCAUUUCCAAUCAGUAUGUAAAUCGAGCUCGAAGCCAGUGAACAAUCAGGUAGGUGACACAAAUUUGGAAAUAGAAAAAUAA